CGCCCCGGGGCCGCUCCCGUGUCUCUGCCUCGCACUGCCGGUGUGCGCAGUGGGGGAGAGGAAGGAGCUUGCGGCCGCGCCGGACCCGCGAGCCCGCACUUGGCCGCGGGGCCGCAGCGGGCUGGCCCGCAGAUCUGAAAACAACUUUUUUUCUGUCCAUCUUGCAUAUACAGAACCUAGAGAAUAAAAAUGGGGACUCCUGGAUCAGGAAGGAAAAGAACUCCGGUGAAAGACAGAUUUUCUGCAGAAGAUGAAGCUUUGAGUAACAUUGCCAGAGAGGCAGAAGCCAGGCUUGCAGCCAAACGGGCAGCUCGAGCAGAAGCAAGAGACAUACGUAUGAGAGAACUGGAGAGACAACAAAAAGAGGAAGAUUCAGAGCGGGCUCGGUAUUCUCACCGGUCCAGCCGACAUUCAUACUUGGUUUGUGUCCAAACUGUGUUUUUUUCCUCAUUCCAUCAUAGUCAUGCUUACAGUGAGUCUCCUAGUACAAAGAAGAAAACUGCUUCUUUCCAUAAAGACCUCUUGAGUGGAAUUUACCAUGAUCAAAGAAAUUAUAGCAGCCUUAGAUAUAGUAAACCAGCUUCUUCCUACCAUACUCGGUCCUAUUCUCUAUGCAGUGAUCCAGUGGCAACUACUAGGAGUUACAGGGCGUCUUUGUGUGGUGAUGGAUUUCAUAGCUCAUAUAGCUCUCGCACUCCAUCUGAAUACAGUUACUCUUCAAGAGCGAGCUCCAUUCGAAGCAGCCCCGUGUGUGCAGAUGAUCAAAUAGAAAGAAUAGUAUCCAAUAAUCCUACCAUAAAUGGGCUGAGGGAUAGUAUGGUGAGUGCUGCUGACUAUUUUAGUCGUCCCAACCGCAGGGGAAGCAUCGUUUCUGAUGCGGAUGAUGCCCAAGGUUUGAAUAGUCUGGAAGAAAAGAGUGAAAAGACACAUUUGGAAAUUUAUUCAAGGCCGUCAUCUCGCAAUUCAAUAAGUGCAACUCCUCUAAGUGGCAACUCGUCCAGGAGAGGAAGUGGAGACACGAGCAGUUUGGUGGAUCCUGAUGCCUCCCUAAGUGAACUACGGGAUUCUCUAGCUGAAGUUGAAGAGAAGUACAAGAAAGCGAUGGUGUCCAAUGCUCAACUAGACAAUGAGAAGAACAACCUGGUUUACCAAGUGGAUAUUUUAAAGGAUGUCAUUGAGGAGAAAGAAGAACAGAUAGCAGAGUUCUACAGGGAAAAUGAAGAGAAGUCAAAGGAAUUGGAGAGGCAGAAACACACAUGCAGUGUUCUACAGCACAAGCUGGAUGAACUUAAAGAAGGCCUUCGACAGAGAGAUGAAUUGAUAGAGGCCCUAGAGAGGCAGAAAGCUUUCUUUGACUGCGUUAAGAAAGAGCGAGAUGAGCUCAGAGAGGAGCUGGCUGACCUGAAGGAGGCCGUGAGGAGAGGAGAGAAGCACGGAUUAGUUAUAAUUCCUGACGGCACCCCAAACGGGGAUGUCAACCACGAACCGGUGGUUGGUGCAAUAACAGUCGUAUCACAAGAAGCUGCCCAAGUCUUGGAAUCUGCCGGAGAAGGACCACUAGAUGUGCGGCUACGAAAACUGGCUGGAGAAAAGGAGGAGUUAUUGUCCCAGGUUAGAAAACUGAAGAUGCAGUUGGAAGAAGAACGGCAGAAAUACUCCCGAAGUGAUGGCACAGACCCGGAUGUAACAGGCUUAGAAAAUGGUUCUGACUUGCAGCUAUUUGAAAUGCAGAGAGAUGCCAAUAGACAAAUUAGUGAAUACAAAUUUAAGCUUUCAAAGGCUGAACAAGACAUAACUACCAUGGAACAAAAUAUUGGACGACUUGAGGGCCAGGUUGCAAGAUACAAAAGUGCUGCAGAAAAUGCAGAAAAAGUGGAAGAUGAGCUCAAGGCUGAGAAGAGGAAGCUUCAGCGAGAGUUACGAACAGCACUGGAUAAGAUUGAAGAAAUGGAGAUGACCAAUAACCACUUGAUGAAAAGGCUGGAGAAGAUGAAGGCAAAUCGGACUGCGCUUUUAUCUCAGCAGUGAAGUGAAAAUAAAAGAAUACUGUGCACUGCUCCUUGAAUAACUAGCCCCUAGCUUGUUUUUAAGUACAGACUGUCAUUGCCACAAACUGUUGGAACACUGAGCUGUUCAAUAGUUUUUAGUUUCAUAAUUAAAUGGCAUCAUUUUUCUGUAACUUAUGAGAGAAUGAGAUGUAGGUUGAAUUCCCCUGUGAAUGACAGCAGUUUUUCCGUAGCGUUUGAUUCUAGAGUCAGAGCUGGAGCACGAUGCUGUAUGAUUGACUUAGCGAUAGCAAAUGUUUUCACAACUGUGGAAUCAAGUUUACUCACGAUCUCUUUUGGCUGCUUAAUGAUGCUUGAUGCUUGGAGACAACUGCAUGAAUUCAAAAGACACUGUAAUACUGUAUUAUAAACUAACAACUAUAUUUGCUCAAGACAUCACACAGCACAAGUGCCUUUUAUAUGGUGCAAUUUAGUCUUCAAUGACGCUAGAUUGUUGAAAUAACCUUUGAAAUCAGAUAACAUUUUAUUUUAAGAUACAUAUGGGGUAUUCACUAAACUUUAUACAUUUUGAAAAUGCUUUUUUGUAAAAUAUUUAAAUUUAUAAGAAAAUAAAUAGGGACUGUACAUAAAAAUCUGCUUUUUUUUGUUUUUGCAUGGGCACCUCUGAGUUCGAGAUAAUUUUGUCAAAUAGUAGCGCCCGAUACAGGAGUGUAAG